UCAAUCCAAUCCGCUCUGUACAUCGUAUCUAUUUCUUCUCUUCCACUUCUGGGCAGUAGAAUCGGUGGCAGCUCUUCAAGCAUUGGUCGGAAGAUUCGAUUCGAUUCGAAUAUACGCACACGCAUACAUAUAUAUAUAUAUAUUUGUCUCGCGAAAGAGUUCUUUGUUGACAUAGACAAAAGAUCAGUGGAGUAAUGGGUUCAUCAGCGGCAGAAACUCUUCCCGCGAUGCAGGAAACUUUUUUGGAAUUUCGUGCUGGUAAAAUGUUCAUGGAGGGGAAACGUGUUGUUCCAGAUUCACGUAAAGGGCUUAUUCGCAUAGGAAGGGGUGAAGAAGGAUUGGUCCAUUUUCAGUGGCUUGAUCGGAAUCAUAAUGUUGUUGAAGAUGAUCAGAUUGUUUUCUCUGAGGAGGCAGUUUUUGAGAAGGUUGCACAGGCAUCUGGAAGGGUUUACAUCUUAAAGUUCAAUAGUGAUGAUAGGAAGUUCUUCUUCUGGAUGCAGGAGCCCAAUGUUGAUGAUGAUUCGCAGUUAUGUGAUUCAGUUAACUUUUACAUCAACCGACCAUUAGAGUUCCUUGGUGAGGAAGAGCCUGAUGCUUCAGUUCCAUUACAGAAUUCUGAAGACAUGGUUGACGAAGAUAUCUCAUCAAGGGCUGGAAAUUUGGUUGGGACAAGCGUGGGUGCAGAAGUAACCGGUGAUGUGGACUCUUCAGGACCUGUAAAGUUAGCUGAUCUACAGAGAAUACUGAGUAACAUUGCUCCUUCAGGUGAAGUUGAAGAUCCCGAUGCAGGCUUUGGAUUAGGGGAUAUUUUGAAGCCUGAUUUGAUAUUUCCCUUACUGGAGGCCGUCCCAUUGGAUGAGCGGCUAGGAUCAUACUUACCUGAGGGCCAAUGGACUGCAGAGGAGCUAAUGGAUUUAAUACAGAGCCCUCCUUUCCGCCAGCAAGUAGAUUCGUUCACUUAUGUGCUCCGAACCGGACAGAUAGAUCUCUCUCAGUUUGGAAUUGAUCCAAGUAAAUACAAGCUCACAGUUCUGUCUUUCCUUGAGGCCCUUGAAGAUUCUGUGUCCGGAGUGCUGGAAUCAGAGGAGUCUAGGCAAGGUGGGAAGGAUACAAUAUCACAAGCUUGUAAUCAAAAGGAUUCAAUGGACGAAGGCCAAUAGUUGAAGAGGUCAAUUUGAUUCUCAGUGCUUAUCCAUUUCACUUAACAAAGAGGGUGUUUGCUGUGAGCGAGAGGGAGUUUCAUUUGCUUAUUUCGCACUUCUCAUACACUUCUUGUAGGAACUGGAAAAGGAAGAGAAGAAUCCCAUCAAUUAGGCAAAUUGUUUGGUUUGAUUAAGAUUUGCCACCUUUCCAUGUACACAGAUCAAUAAUAUGUGAAUUGGAUGGA